CGGAACGAGGGGAGUUCUAUAGAAAUCCUGCCAAAGAAGAUGAAGAAAAACAGAGAAAGAUUCUGCAACAGAGAGAGGGAAUUUGUGUAUGAAUUCAAAGUGGGAAGUCAGUGCUUAGAACUGAGGGUGCCUCUCAAAUUUCCUGUUCAAGAGAAUGCCAGUCAUUUACAUGGCUGUCUGAUGCUGCUGCACAAUUUACCAUGCUUUAUAGAAAAAGAUUUAAAAGAAGCUCUGAGCCAGUUUAUCGAAGAAGAAUCCCUCAAAGAUUAUGACAGAGAUGCUGAAGCAGCCCUGGAAGCUGUGAAGUCCGGUGAAGUAGAUUUACAUCAGCUGGCAAGUACAUGGGCCAAAGCCUAUGCAGAGACCACAUUAGAGCAUGCAAGGCCUGAGGAGCCCAGCUGGGAUGAAGAUUUCGCAGAUGUGUACCAUGACCUAAUCCAUUCUCCUGCCUCUGAAACUCUCCUAAAUUUGGAACACAAUUACUUUGUUAGUAUCUCAGAACUGAUUGGCGAAAGAGAUGUGGAGCUGAAAAAAUUACGAGAGAGACAAGGCAUUGAAAUGGAAAAAGUGAUGCAGGAACUGGGAAAAUCACUGACAGAUCAAGAUGUAAAUUCACUGGCUGCUCAGCAUUUCGAAUCCCAGCAGGACUUGGAAAAUAAAUGGUCCAAUGAAUUAAAACAGUCGACUGCCAUUCAAAAGCAAGAGUAUCAGGAAUGGGUGAUGAAACUUCAUCAAGACCUAAAAAACCCCAAAAACAGCUCUCUCAGUGACGAAAUUAAAGUUCAGCCAAGUCAGCUCAGAGAAUCCGCUGAAGCAAAUGGAAGGAUUUAUGAGGAACAGAGAAAGUUAGAAGAAAGUUUUACCAUUCACUUAGGAGCCCAGUUGAAGACCAUGCAUAACCUGAGGUUGCUGAGAGCAGAUAUGCUGGAUUUCUGUAAGCACAAGAGGAGCCACCGAAGUGGUGUGAAGCUCCACCGACUCCAGACAGCACUGUCGCUUUACUCCACGUCCCUCUGUGGCCUGGUGUUGCUAGUGGAUAACCGAAUCAAUUCAUAUAGUGGUAUUAAAAGAGAUUUCGCCACAGUUUGCCAAGAAUGCACUGACUUUCAUUUUCCCCGAAUUGAAGAUCAGCUGGAGGUUGUCCAGCAGGUGGUACUUUAUGCCAGAACCCAGCGCAGGAGCAAGCUGAAAGAAUCACACGAUUCUGGAAACCGAGAUGGAGGAAGUGAUGAUAAGACUAAGAAUGCAGAUAGAAACUAUUUAAAUAUUUUACCUGGAGAAUUUUACAUUACUCGGCAUUCUAAUCUCUCAGAAAUACAUGUUGCUUUCCAUCUUUGUGUGGACGACAACGUGAAAUCGGGAAACAUCACUGCUCGGGACCCUGCCAUCAUGGGUCUCCGAAACAUACUCAAGGUUUGCUGCACCCAUGACAUCACAACAAUAAGUAUUCCUCUCCUGCUGGUGCAUGAUAUGUCAGAGGAAAUGACUAUACCGUGGUGCUUAAGGAGAGCAGAACUUGUGUUUAAGUGUGUCAAAGGUUUCAUGAUGGAAAUGGCUUCAUGGGACGGAGGAAUUUCUAGGACAGUGCAAUUUCUGGUACCACAGAGCAUUUCUGAAGAAAUGUUUUACCAACUUAGUAACAUGCUUCCCCAGAUCUUCCGAGUAUCAUCAACACUCACCCUGACAUCCAAGCACUAAACCCCCUAGAUUGAUAUCUGGCAGAAGAGGAUGCGUAAACUAUCCAGGAACUUGAGAUGUGCUGGGAUUCUGUCAAGCAAAAGAUGCCCAGAAAGAGGACUUGCCACCCAAGCCACGAAUCAAAUCAUGAUAAACAUCUGUUAAACGUUCCAAAAUCCACAUGCCGUACAGACUAGUGCUCAGCCCCUUACUUAUACAGUUUUUUUUUCACACAUACACACUGUAUUUUAUUUUUACAAGAGAUAAAUAAACUGACACCAAGCAUUGU